GAGAUUUCCCCCAUUCAGGCCCUCCCUCUGUCCCUCACAUUUAAACUCGCCCACUACCGUCUGCUGUGCACAACCACUUACCCCUUGCGGCAUUUGCUGACCAUUUCUUACACUUUUUGUUGGUGUCUUUUUUUUCGUCAUUGUGAAAUCCACACUUCCUAGGCUUUUGGCAAGAUGAAAGACUGCAUCGCUGUUAUCUUCAGCGUGGCAGCUCUGAGUAGAUGGGCAUUCGCUGCAGGCAUCAAGGAGUUAUCCAUCACCACUAUAAAGCAAGACCCGUACACAAUGACCAAAGGCUCAGGAGGAGAGCUGGAGGGCUACUGCAUUGACCUGAUCUCUGAGCUCAGCCAAAUGCUCAACUUCAGAUACAAAGUGCAACUGGUGAAGGACAACCGCUACGGAGUCAUGGAUUCCAGCGGCAACUGGAAUGGAAUGAUUGGUGAAGUCAUCAGAGGAGAAGCUGACCUGGCGGUGGCACCGCUGACCCUCACUGCCAUCAGAGAGCAAUAUGUUGACAUGACAACCCCCUUCAUGCAAACAGGCAUCGGUUUCAUUGUGCACAAAGACGUGGCCUGCGACGAGAGCUCAUUCGGCCUUCUGGCACCCUUCUCCACGGAGAUGUGGGUGGGCAUCCUCAUUGCGUUCGUGCUCACCGGCCUUUGCAUAUUCCUUGUGGGCAGGAUCAGUCCCACUGAAUGGGCCGAGCCCGACACGGACAAGCCCCAAUUCACUUUACUGCACAGCUACUGGUACAUCACAGGAGCGCUCACUCUUCAAGGCGCCGGUCCCCAUCCUAAAGCUGUGUCUGGAAAACUAGUCAGUGCCAUCUGGUGGGUGUUUGCGAUACUGCUGCUUGCUUGCUACUUAGCCAACUUAAACUCGGCACUCCACUCCAACAACAAGCACAUCUCCAUGAAGACCUUUGAAGACCUCGUCAACCAGGACGAGAUUGAAUUUGGCACAGUGGACAGCGGAUCCACUAUGCUUUUCUUUAAGAAUUCAAAGAGUGCCGUGUAUCGGCGCAUCUACCAGCACAUGGAGCGUAAGAAGAGCUACGUGGCAAGCAUGGAGGAAGGCAUUCGUCGUGCGCAGGAAGGAAAUUUCGCUUUCAUUGGCGAAGCGGUGUCCUUGGAUUUGGCUGUGGCUCGCCACUGCAAACUGACCCGUUCACAGGAAGUCAUCGCCAUGAGAGCGUAUAGCGUCGCCGCACGUCAGGGGUCCCCAUUGGUGAAAAACCUCACCGAGGCCAUUCUUCAGUUGAGCGAAUCUGGCGAGCUGACCUACUUGCGGGACAAGUGGUGGGCCAGCAGCUGCUUGGGAGAGGACGGGGCCCGCACCUCAGACAGCCUGCAGCCUUAUGACUUGCGGGGUCUCUUUCUCCUUCUCGGUCUUGGCCUGGGUGUGGGCCUCCUUUUUGGCCUGCUGGAGCUCCUCACCACGGCCCGCAGUCGAGCCAAAGAACAGAAGAAAUCAUGUUGCUCGAUGUUGACCUCUGAGCUUCAUCGACGCUUUGGCGGAGGAGGUGAGGUGGCAGAGCAAAACGCAUCUGACAAAAGCAAAGCCUAAUGCAAACAAACCACAGACGGAGACAAACUGUGGCUGCCCCCCCCCCCAGUACAUACAAACGCACUUGCCUCUUAGUGUUUCCAUAGUAACACUUACAUGUUAGGUGAUUAUUACAAUCUAUCCAGAUUUCGUGAGUUUCACAAUAAAACACACCAUUAAGUAACUUUAUGAUAUCAAGGCAAAAAAAAAAGAAGGAUGACUAACAUUGGGAAAAUGCUAAUCAUUACUAAUAAUGUAUGAUGUCCUCAAUUAUAAUGAUGCCUUUACAAUGUAGCUAUCUUGCUUGGUUCAUUCAAAUAAAUUUUCCACUCUUCAAA